AUGAGCCUCCCCUCCAACGUCCACGUCUCCUCCCACCCCCUCCUGCAGGCCAAACUCUCGCAACUGCGCUCCGCCUCCACCUCCACCCGCCAAACCCGCGAUCUCGUCCACGAGAUCGCCACCAUUCUGGGCGUGGAAGCGUUUGCGUCUGGCUGGCAGACGAAGCAAGAUGGAACGGACCAAACCCCCCUCGGCAUCGAAUACCCAACCACGACCAUCGACCCCUCCAACAUCGCCUUGGUGCCCAUCCUGCGAUCCGGACUAGGGAUGACCGACGCAAUCAACUCCCUCCUCCCCACCAGCAUCCCCAUCUACCACCUAGGCCUCUUCCGCGAGCGCCUGACCCUGCAACCGGUCGAGUACUACAACAACCUGCCCUUCCACAACGCCCGCAGCGCCAACCCCGCCGCGGCCGACACGGCCAUCCUGCUGGACCCGAUCAUCGCGACGGGCGCCACGGCCGAGGCGGCCAUCCAGCUGCUGCGCGAGUGGGGGGUGCGGCGCGUCGUGAUGCUGAGCGUGCUCGGCUCCGAGGCGGGGAUCCGGCGCGCGGCGGGCACGUGGGCGGACGGGGUGGAGGUGUGGACGGGCGCGGUGGAUGCGCGGUGCGAUGAGCGCGGCAUGAUCGUGCCUGGGUUGGGGGAUAUUGGGGAUCGGUUGUUUGUGGCGAUUGGGAAGUAGGUUCCCUCUUGGGGAGGAAUUGGGUUUAGGUCUGGGUGGUGGACACGGGGGGGAUUGUCGGUGUGGUGUGGGUGGCUUUGCAUUGGCAUUGGCAUUGGCAUAGAUAAAUGAGGUGAGCAAGGUUCGUCACGAAUUGUUAUGGCAAAGAUUGGGGAAGAGAAUGCAUUAUGAGUAUGAACAUGAUACAGACUAUCCCUUGGAACUCCGCAUGAAGCAUGAAAGACCAC